AUGGGUGGAAAGGAUGUGGGAGCCGUCAAGGUAUACGGGGAUGUUAUACGCAGCUUGCUGGAAAAAGCUGCCGCGAUUAAGAAUGCGCCUUCAAUCGAGCCGCCAGUGACUGAAGCCAACCUGGGAGGCGUUAUCAAGCGUGUGCUAGCAGGAGAUUAUGGUGUAUCCGUGGGGGUAAAUCAGCAGACUCAGUAUGCUGCGGUCGAGACUGCAUUUCGCGAAAUAUUUUAUGAUUUGCUUGCUACAACCUCUAUCGACGAGCCCUCGUUUAUGCAGAUAUGGAACCUUUUAGAUAUUGUCUCCAUCUUUUCGGACAACGAAAAAUGCGAACCGGGCCUUAUCUUCUGGCUUAUAGAGGAACUUCUGGAUAGCCAAACUAUAGACGGAUGCAGAAAAGUGUUUGACUAUCUUGAAUCUAGACGAGAGCGCAAUACUGCUAAACACUUCAAACAAAAGAGCCUGAUCAUUCUCAGGUCAUGCAACGAACUGCUGCGGAGGCUCUCUCGUGCUGAAGACACAGUCUUUUGUGGCCGUGUUUUCAUCUUCCUUUUCCAAUCUUUCCCCUUAGGUGACAAAAGUUCUGUGAAUCUUCGAGGCGAAUACCACACCGAAAAUGUCACGACAUUCGAUGUGCAACAGAAAAUGCAGGCGGAAAGCGAUGAGGUGAUGGAUAUAGACAUACAAGAGAACGAGACUCCAGUUUCCAAUGCGAAGAGUACCGAGCAAGAGCCUACAACGGCUCAGACACCUUUGGAAUCGACCAAUGACGCUACAACCCAACGCGCAAAGGCCUCCAGUAUUCAGCCGGAACUUGAGCUUGAUACCCUUUAUGCUGCAUUUUGGAGUCUUCAAGAGAGUUUCUCUAAGCCAACUAGACUGUUCGACACCACACACUUUGCAUCUCUGAAAUCUGGACUAGAAGCGACCCUCUCAAGUUUCCGAAAAGUAAGCUCAAAGUUAGAGGUUCGUAGCACAACAAAGAGCUCAGACGAAUUACGACGAGGCACAAAACGCAAGCGAGGUGAAGGAGGAUCCGAUUUGCCAAAUAGUUUCAACCCCAAGUAUUUGACUAGUCGGGAUUUAUUCGAACUCGAGAUCAAUGACGUGUCUUUCCGCAGACAUAUUCUAGUCCAGGCCUUAAUUCUCCUUGAUUUCUUGCUUUCGCUAACGCCAAGAUCCAAAGCCAAGUUGGCUGAUUCUACCAACAAGUCCGUUCUUUACGGUUAUGUUUUAAGCGAUGAAGAUGUGAGUGUAAAAAGAUCCUGCUUUAGCAAACGAACUCCGACAAUGGCUAAGUCUGCCAUCUUAGGCGAAAUGGGCAACUCAAAUGAGAUCUUCCAUUGCGAGCUACCUGCAAAAGGGCGCAGAUGGAAAGUUCUAUUUCCGGAUGGUAGACACUGUCCUAACGAGAGAUAA